UUGGCUGCUCGAAUUCACAGGAAAAGUUCUGUAACGCUAUUCGUCCGGAUUGAGGGAGCGGAAGUGGCUUUCCUUUGGUUUUGUCCAUCUUUGUGCGACCUUGGCGGCCCCCUAGAGCCCGCGUUUUGAUUUUGCGUCGCGCCUCCAAUCAGGAUUUAGCCAAUGAGUCCGCAGAGGAUUCCUCCGAGCUCAUGGCUACGUACUCUGGGCAUUAGUGCGGGAUAAACAAGGUGUUGCAUGUUAUCCUGGCAUCUGUAGGAGCCGAGACUUGUGUCCUUUUCUGUGCAUGCUGUUUCUAAGCGCCGUGCAGGGCCUCGAAAUUUUCGGUCGGAAGGCUCUCAAGGCGGUCAGUUGGGAACUUCUGUAAGUGGUUCCCAGAUAAAUAGACAACGCAGUGAAGUUGCGUGUCAGAAUCGAACGAGCAACAGCUGCGGCAGGACUUACCCGAAUUUAUUGAAAAGCUCGCAGCGGUGAAUCGUCGAGACCGUACAGACUUUCAUAUGGCGGAAAACUCAGUCCUAUUCCGGCUGAGCAGCUGCUCGUGUUCACGCGCAUUUCCACCGGGAAAGCUCCUUUGUUCCAAGUGAUUCCAUUUGUAUUCGGUCGGUAUUUGUGCAGUGAGUUGUUUUGCCGCACUUGUCGGUGCGAACAAUAUCCAGCCCAUCCACUCAUUGACAACGACCUCCACCCAUUGACCACGACCACGGCCCCCUUCGCUUGUGGUCGCUUACAGUCCGUACACGUCCUGUAGCUCGCAGACGCAGGUGUAAAUAAGUUUCCGAAAAGCUUGUCGGGUCGCGUUUUAAUUUCUAAUAGACAUAGGCCCUUGGCUCCCGGACAAUUUGUGCAUAUGAAAAAAACCGUAUGUUCGCCAAGGACACCGUUGUCGAUAGUACACACGGCGGAAAAGUGAAAUUCUUAUAAACGGAGCGAUUCCUCGCGGGGGGAGCAGGGAACCAUGUCAGUCAAGAUGACCAAGUACAAGCAAGCUGAAUUCGUUGACGAGGACACCAGCUCCAUCGGCACAAUACAUUUGAACGAAGGCACAAGUAAUCCAGCUAUUCACAUAAGAUAUCAUACAGCACGGGGAACAUCAUUAUGGAGAUCUCGAAAUAAAUUAGAAAAGUAUUUAAUAGUAACAGCACUUAUCCUUACUUUUAUUAUCAUACUUUUAAUUGGAGUUUUAUCGUCGGGCAGCAGCAGAGACCAGAAGUCUGCACAUGUACCACAUACUAAACCAAUACAAGUUCCUUGUCUAAAUGAGCACUGUAUACAUGCAUCUAGUCAAAUUCUAAAAUCAAUAGAUCGUAGUAUCGAUCCAUGUGAUGAUUUCUAUGCAUUUGCCUGUAAUCGCUGGAUCAAGAACAACCCAAUACCAGAUGGCAAAUCCAUGUGGGGCACAUUUGGAAAGCUAGAGCAACAAAAUCAGUUAGUUAUCAAGAACGUUUUAGAACGUCCUUUAUCCUUCUUUAAAUCAGAAGCUGAAAGGAAAGCCAAAUUAUACUACGAAUCAUGCCUGGAUGAAGAUGAAAUUAUGGAGAAAUUAGGGGCAGAACCUAUGCAGAAAUUCCUUCGUGACAUUGGCGGAUGGAAUGUAACCGAAAGUGGUUUCUCACUAUCAAAUUGGUCAAUGGAGGAGACAUUAAAACGAUCACAAAAUAUAUACAACAUGGGUGGCCUUUUCGCAUGGGCCAUUGGCGAAGAUGAUCGCAACUCAUCGCGGCAUGUUAUUCAAAUCGAUCAAGGCGGCCUCACGCUCCCAACACGUGACAACUAUCUGAAUCGAACCGUUCAUGAAAAGGUCCUCAAUGCAUACCUCGAUUAUAUGACAAAGGUUGCUGUCCUACUAGGUGCCAAUGAAACAGAUGCCCGUCGACAAAUGAGCGAUGUGAUCGAAUUCGAGACCAAAAUCGCCGAAGUUACAGUGCCAGCAGAGAACCGUCGCGAUGAAGAAGCUCUAUAUCAUCCUAUGGCCCUUUAUGAGCUCCAGGCAAAAGCUCCCUUCAUUAACUGGACUGCUCAUUUUGCGGAUGCCAUGAAAAUUGUAGGGCGAAAAAUCACUGAAAAAGAAAUUGUUGUCGUAUAUGCACCCGAAUUUCUCCAACAAAUGACGGAAAUUGUCAAAACCUACAAUAAAACUCCGAAAGGAAAAAUUAUUCUCAACAACUAUCUAGUCUGGCAAGCAGUUCGAACCUUAACCGCUUGUUUAUCGAAACCGUUCCGCGAUGCCUACAAAGGAGUUCGGAAAGCGCUUAUCGGCUCUGAAGGUGGGGAGGAGCCAUGGCGUUACUGCGUCACUGAUACCAACAAUGUAAUUGGUUUCGCAAUAGGUGCCAUGUUCGUUCGUGAGGUAUUCCAUGGUGAGUCGAAACCGCAGGCUGAAGAAAUGAUCAAUGAAGUACGUACAGCUUUCAAACGGAAUUUGAAGAACUUGGCAUGGAUGGAUCGCGAAACACGACGUCUAGCCGAAGAGAAGGCCGACGCUAUCUCAGAUAUGAUUGGGUUCCCCGACUGUAUUCUAAACCCGACCCAGCUGGAUAAGAAAUACGAUGACUUGCAAAUCGAUUCAAAAAAGUAUUUUGAGAAUAAUUUGCGGGUUAACAUUUACAACUUAAAGAAAAAUCUAGAAAAACUUGACCAGCCAGUGAAUAAGACCCGGUGGGGCAUGACUCCUCCCACGGUCAACGCAUAUUACACACCAACAAAAAAUCAAAUAGUUUUUCCAGCUGGAAUACUUCAAUUGCCAUUUUACGAUAUCAACAAUCCAAAAAGUUUGAACUUUGGCGCUAUGGGAGUUGUAAUGGGGCACGAGCUAACACACGCUUUCGACGAUCAAGGACGAGAGUACGAUAAAUAUGGAAAUCUGCAUCAAUGGUGGAAUAAUCAAACUAUUGAGCGAUUCAAACAGCGAACAGAUUGCUUCAAUGAACAGUAUGGUGCAUACUCAUUGAAUGGACGCAAUCUGAAUGGAAAGCAAACACUUGGUGAGAAUAUCGCUGACAACGGUGGACUUAAAGCAGCUUUUCAUGCCUAUACGUCCACCAACAACGAUCGUCCAGUUGAUGUUCUUCCGUUGCCUGGAAUCAAUAUGACACACAGGCAGUUAUUUUUUAUAUCUUUCGCACAAGUAUGGUGCUCAGCUGUCACAGACGAGGCCUCCAGCUUACAAAUAGAAAAGGAUCCGCAUUCGCCACCAAUGUACCGCGUGAUUGGACCCCUAUCAAAUUUAAAAGAAUUCUCCGAAGAAUUCAAUUGUCCCCUCGGAUCUCGUAUGAAUCCUUUAAACAAAUGUGAGGUGUGGUAAAUGAAGCUAAAAUUUUAUUGAAAUUGGAAGUGGAAAGGGUUUGGUUUUCUUGUCUCAGUCGAAUUAUCGUAAAUUAUUUAAUUAUUUAUCGUCCAGGAAAGUUAUGGACUUUGUUGUGGAAAAGAAACAUCGGACAAAAACGUGUAGUCCUUUAUAUUGGAAUGAAACUCACAGUUUCAUCGUACAUAUUAGAUUAUCUCAAUUCAUCCUUAACGUAAGCAAAGCAUGUUCUUCUUGUCCUAACUCAUAUAAACCACACCAAUUGAAAAAAAAUCAUCUUAUGUACAAAUUUUUUAUCUAGAGGCAGUUUUUUUAGGAUCACAUGGCGUUGUUAAGCAAUUUGACAACACCUUGAGGUAACCCGUGAAAAAUCUCGGGCUAGAUCAAAGAACGUUGGGCGAUCUAAGUACUGCGUGGUUAUCUUAUCAGCGUACUAACACUAUACCAAUUUUUUAAAGCAUAUCUCCAGACACUUCUGCUGGUAAAUUUCCUUUGAUAUUUAAAACUGCCUUUGCCUGUUCGGUCGCUUCAAUUGUAGUCAUUGUAAGAUCAUAUAAACUUGAACGAAAUUGCGCCUCUUCCAAAGCUACCUAACAAAUUAAAAAAAAAUACCUUUCCAGCAGAAAUAUAAGCACGAUAUUACGCGUUAUCUUGGAAGCUUAAAAGUAGAAAAAUUUCGAACCCUCGAGUAGAGAUACUUUUGAGCUCCACAGUGAAGGUGUUAAAUUGCCCAGGUACAUAAAAAUACUCCUGGAUGGACAGGUAACUUGUGUAGGACUUCGUCAUUUAUCUGGAUUUUUAAAAUAGGCUCAUGAAUGUUACAUUGGUGCAAUUUUCUUGGCAGCAUUCGGACUUUGAAAAUUCAAAUUUGAUUCUUCGAACUUCAGCUCUGGCAGGAGAAUUUUUUUCGGGGUGGCAGCACUACACCGUUUUGGCGUGUAAAAUAGCGGGUCCGGUCCGUUACCAAGUGGGUGCGGACUCAGGACUCCCAGCAUAAUAAUAAUAAUAAUCGCUGGCGCAACAAUCCAUGUUUGGAUCAGGGCCUUGAAAUGUGU